CUCCUUUCAUGUGCGACAGUUCUUCAAAUUUCUGAAAACGGUUAAACGGUCAUCAAAUUCAGGUUGCAGUUAGGAGACAUACAAGGUUAUUGGAAAAUCCUCCCGACUUUCCUGAAGUGCCCCUCUUCACUCUCUCGUCUCUGCAUCAAAUUGAACCGACGCCUCCUUGGGUUACAAGGGCACCAGUGGCCAUGGCGACAGCCUCGGGGUCGUUCAAAUCGAGAGAAGAUCACAGAAAGCAGUUGGAGUUAGAAGAGGCUCGGAAGGCUGGACUCGCACCAGCAGAACUUGAUGAAGAUGGAAAGGAGAUCAAUCCUCACAUCCCUCAAUAUAUGUCAUCAGCUCCAUGGUAUCUAAAUGCAGAGAGGCCGAGUCUGAAACAUCAAAGGAAAUGGAAGUCAGAUCCAAACUAUUCAAAGGACUGGUAUGACAGAGGUGCGAAGGUCUACCAGGCUGAUAGAUACAGAAAAGGUGCAUGCUUAAACUGUGGGGCAAUGACACAUGAUUCCAAGUCCUGUAUGGAAAGGCCUCGUAAAGUUGGAGCAAAAUGGACAAACAAGCGAAUAGCACCUGAUGAGAAAGUUGAAUCCUUUGAACUGGAUUAUGAUGGAAAACGUGAUCGGUGGAAUGGUUACGAUCCAGCCACAUAUGCCCGUGUCAUAGAUAGGUAUGAUGCCAGGGAUGAGGCAAGGAGGAAGUUUCAGAAAGAACAGCAAUUGAUAAAACUAGAGCAGAAGAAUAAUAAUCCUGAAAAAGAAGGUGAGGACAGUGAUGAGGAAGAUGAUGAGGAUGCUUUAAAGGUCGAUGAAGCUAAGGUUGAUGAGAGCAAGCAAAUGGAUUUUGCCAAGGUAGAAAAGCGUGUGCGUACCACAGGAGGUGGUAGCACAGGUACAGUUAGAAACUUACGAAUUCGAGAAGACACGGCCAAGUACCUUUUGAAUUUGGAUGUAAAUUCAGCUCAUUAUGAUCCAAAGACUCGGUCCAUGAGAGAGGAUCCUCUGCCUGACAGUGAUCCAAAUGAGAAGUUCUAUGGGGGAGAUAAUCAAUAUAGGACUACUGGCCAAGCUCAGGAUUUUAAGCAACUAAAUAUACAUGCAUGGGAAGCCUUUGAGAAAGGACAGGAUAUUCACUUACAGGCAGCUCCAUCCCAAGCAGAACUGUUGCACCAGGAAUUCAAAAUAAAGAAAGAAAAAUUGAAGUCCCAAACAAAGGAGGAUAUCAUGCUCAAGUAUGGAAAUGCAGCAUCUGAAGAAAAACCUCCAGUUGAGCUUCUCAUGGGUCAAACUGAGAAUCAAAUUGAAUAUGACAGAGCAGGCCGUGUAAUUAAAGGCCAGGAAAAAGCUGUACCAAAGAGCAAGUAUGAGGAAGAUCUGUUCAUUAACAACCACACUUCUGUUUGGGGUUCCUGGUGGAAAGAUCAUCAAUGGGGUUACAAAUGUUGUAAACAAACAAUAAGGAAUAGCUACUGUACAGGGUUGGCGGGGAUUGAAGCUGCUGAAGCAGCAACUGAUCUAAUGAAAGCUAACUUGAUUCGGAUGGAAUCUGUAGAAGAAAAGCCUCCACAACUUGAAGAAAAGAACCUUGCAACCUGGGGUUCUGAUGUACCUGAGGAUCUUGUUAUUGAUAAGAAACGUCUUACAGAGGCUCUCAAAAAGGAGGAUGAGAGGAAAAAGGAGGAAAAGGAUGAAAGAAAACGUAAAUACAAUGUUAAAUGGAAUGAUGAGAUCACAGCGGAGGAUAUGGAGGCAUAUCGAAUGAAAAGAAUUCAUCAUGAUGAUCCAAUGAAAGACUUUCUACAUUGAUUUAUGUGUCUAUAUCUAUGAUUGUCUGCUACACCAUUAAGAGAAAAUGGCAAGGUAGAUAAAAAAUUAUGUUCACAUUGUAUUUCAUAUCUACUGUUGCAGUCUAAAUAUUACAGAGCCAUAAACACAAUAUAUUAGACUAAUCAAAUAGGGUUUGGUCAGUUAUUUGUGUGUGUAUUAAUGAAAACAGAAUGUAAAAUAUUACAAAUGUUAAAAUAUUAUGUAUAUUAAAAUAUUGCUAUGGUUAAAUUC